UGCACACUUCGCUGUCUCCUCACUACCAUUCUUCUCCAACGGAAAAACGUCCACAUUCAUCAAACCUUUCAACCAAACACACAAAAGCUCCAUUAACUCCUCGUUUUAGGGUUCCUUAGCUCUUCCAGUGCAGGAAAGAUAAGAGUACUGUUUCUUGAUGUCGACUUUGGGCAAUCCAGCAAACGUAUUCUGGCAUCAGUGUGCGGUUGGGAAGGCGGAUAGGGAAAAACUACUUAAUCAACAGGGGUGCGUUGUAUGGAUUACUGGCCUCAGUGGUUCAGGAAAAAGCACACUUGCAUGCUCUCUUGGUAGAGAAUUACACUCGAGGGGUAAGCUUUCUUAUGUUCUUGAUGGUGACAAUGUUCGGCAUGGUCUCAACAAGAAUCUUGGUUUCUCACCGGAUGACCGGACUGAAAAUAUCCGCAGGGUUGGGGAAGUUGCGAAGCUCUUUGCAGAUGCUGGUUUGAUUUGCAUUGCCAGUCUAAUAUCUCCUUACAGAAAUGAUCGGGAUGCUUGCCGGGCAAUGUUGCCAGAUGCGUUUGUUGAGGUCUUUAUGAAUAUGCCACUAGAAGUAUGCGAAGGAAGAGACCCAAAGGGCCUCUACAAGCUUGCUCGUGCUGGAAAAAUUAAAGGUUUUACUGGAAUAGAUGAUCCUUACGAGGCGCCUUUAAAGUGCGAGAUUGAACUACAACAAAAAGGCGGAGCAUGUCCUACGCCAAAUGAAAUGGCGGGGCAAGUGGCUUCUUAUUUGGAGGGCAGGGGCUUUCUGCAAACUCUAUGAUCACGAAUUUUCGGCCCCGAGGAACAGAAGCUGCUACUGCUUCAACCAACAGCAAGAAUACUGUUAUUUGCAAUGCAAUGUUUUUUUUCUCUUUAUCUAUAUCUUGCAGAUGUUAUAGAAGGUUUAUAGGUAUAAUAAGACUAGGAUUUGUUUUCUUUUGGUCUAUUAGACAUGUACCAAAACGCCUUAGCAGUACUGCUGCUCUGUAAAAUACAAAUUACAGGUUCCCCAUCUCUUUCACACAUUGUACAAUCAUUUAUAAAAUAAGUUAAGGUUGGUCUAAAA